ACAGAAUAUAUUUCCAUGAUGAAUUAUGCGCCGCUGCAUUCAUGACACUAAGUAGCGGCCGAAUUCAGCCAGGAUCAGUUAAAUAUUCAGGUUUAAUCCACUUUAUGGUUUUUACUUGAUAAAUCGUGGAGAUUCAACCUUAAAGCAUCUUCUUCCAUUUUCACAAAUAUGUGUCAGAGUGCUGAUGCCAGAGACACAUUCAUGUCGUGAACUGAUUUUGAAAUUGCGGCGCUGGAUUUAUUUAUUUAUUUUUUAUUAAACUGAUAAGAACAGAUACUACACUUGAUCUUAGCCAAAGGUCCGAGAGCGGCGCUGAAGUUAAGCAGGACGUCCAAUUACGCAAUGACGCACAGCUGCACACUCCGAAGGCUGUCCCAUUUGUGCAUUACACCAGUCAAAGGAAGGACUCUUGCCUUGCCUUCGGAGGACCCGACUCUGAAGGAAGGAUCCUACCAAGGAAGGAUCCUUGACAUUGGGACACAGCUAUGGUCUGCUCCCCGUAUCGGAAACAAGAUGGUGACGAGUGUAACGCUGAACUUGGAUGCUUCCAACGGGCCACAAUCCAAUGGUAGUGACAGACCAGAAGUGUCCUGAGUUCCUGAAGUCAGCUGUUGUUGUUUCAACCUGGAGCCAAACAACAACCAAACAACAACCAAAUGACCUGAAAUACAGCGACUCUGCGACGGUCACAUGCUGCAGCUGGAGGAUGUGACAACAACCACGAUGCAACAAACAACAACUCAUUUCCAGCCGUUGUCGUUGUGACGCUAGCUACAUGCUAAGCUAACUAGCCACAGGCUAGCCCAGCCAGUUUGUCCGCUUCGUGCUGGUGAAUAAUGAUCUGACUUCCUAACAUUGUAACCUGAGCACACUGGGCCGUGUUUAGACGUCUUCCAUCGUUUAACCAGGAUGUGGCUGCAGCAGAGGCUGAAGGGUCUGCCGGGCUUGUUGUCCAGCAGCUGGGCUCGGAGGCUGCUGAUCGGGCUGCUGCUCUUCAUCAUCUUCUACUGGUACCUGGGAGCAGAGACCAGCUGGAGGCUCUUCAGCGGCUCGGCCAUGCCCGGCGGGGCGGCCGGACAGUGCCUGCUGGCUGAGAUCCACAGGUGGAAGUCUCUGGUGGAGCGGGGAGAGGGGAUCUACAGCACACCUCAGGAACCACUAGACACACCGUUUGUAUCCGGUAACGGCCAUAUUCUCAUUGACAUUGACUCUAACAAACUUUGGGUUGCGUCGUCCUCACAGCCCGGGUCUGCUCCGGUCCACCAGACUGAGUACUCCCCGAGAGUCGGCGUCCACCUGGAGGGGCGGCGGGCCGAGGUCCAGGCCUCCAUGCUGUGGUUCCGGAAAGGAGCCGUGCUGUCGGUCCGCUGCGCCUCACCAGCCGCCCUGCAGUCAGCCCGGGACUGUGUCACCAUCAGAGAGGAGUUCAUCGCGCACAGGAGCAGACCUAACGUCUAUGUCCAGCGGAUCCACAUCAACAACCCGUCUGACAAGACCGCCUUCUUCGACAUCUCCUCGGAGAACCCCUCCUUUGGUAGCAAGUUCUCCACCAGUGUGGAGAAACUGGAGGACAGAGACAUAGUGCUGUCCUCCGGCAGAGUGCCUGUGGAGAAUAACCGCAUGGUGCUGGUGGUGGUGGUUUCCAAGAAGCUCAACAGCAGGAUCCAGGUCCCUGCUAAACUAGAGCACAAAGACAACAUCCUGUCGGUGGUGUGGACCUCAGAACCGAUCGAGCCCUCCAAGCUGGAGGAGACCUUCAGCACCCUGAGAGAUGGAGCCAAGAAGGAGCUGGGGGAGCUGCUGAGGGCCAGCGUGGAUGACCUGGUUGGAGACCAUCAGCAGGCCUGGUUGGACCUCUUCAUCUCAGGCGUAGAAAUGAGGAAGAUCACAGACUCUCACACACCAUCGAGUCGCACAGUGAACACCACCCUCUACUACAUCCUUUCCUCUUCAGUGGCUCCCAUGCUGGAUCGAAGGCUGAAUGCUGAGGAGCGCCUUCGUCUUGAGUCCAGCCUCAACUACGCUGACCACUGCUUCAGCGGCCACGCCACCAUGCAUGCAGAGAACCUGUGGCCCGAGCGGGUGAGCAGCGCGGCUCAGAUCCUGCAGCUGGUCACACUGUGGACUCUGACUCUGCAGAAGAGAGGCUGCAAGGUGCUGGUGGCAGCCGGAGCCCACGGAGCCAUGCAGGGUAUGGUGCUCAGCUUCGGCGGCCUUCAGUUCACAGAGAACCACCUUCAGUUCCAGGCUGAUCCAGACGUGCUGCACAACAGUUACGCCCUGAGAGGGAUCCAUUACAACCAGGACCUCAUUAAUCUGGCAGUGCUGUUGGAUGUGGAGGGGAAGCCUUUUCUUCACGUGUCGGUGAAGCAGCAGGAGAAACCGGUGAAGCUGUACGCCUGCGAGGCCGGCUGCCUCAAUGAGCCUGUGGAGUUGACAUCAGAGGUCAAAGGUCACACCUUCCCUGUGAUGGUGACUCAGCCCAUCACACCGCUCCUUUACAUCUCCACAGACCUGCGCCAUCUGCAGGAUCUCCGCCAUACGCUGCACCUCAAGGCCAUCCUGGCCCACGAGGAGCACAUGGCCAACAGAUACCCAGGCCUGCCCUUCCUCUUCUGGUUCAGUGUGGCCUCACUCAUAACGCUCUUCCACCUUUUCCUCUUCAAGCUCAUAUACAACGAGUACUGUGGCCCCGGCGCUAAGCCCCUCUUCAGGAGCAAGGUCGCCCACAAAAGUGAGGAUGGCUGCUGUGACACCAGGACUGCUGCUUGAACGCUACAGUGCUAUGGCGACAUUCAACAUGUGGUAGUGGUUCUGCUUAUUCUUUGGCAGCAUUGGGACACAUUAAUGGGUGUGCUGGUGCUGAAUGACAUCUACUUUACAUUUACAGUUUACUACUAUCCUGUGGAGUGAUAGCACCCACAGAUCUGCCGGGAGACAAUGUCCAGGCUGUAGCUUUAAAACUGGGAGUCACUUUAAAAACGAAUAAGGCUGUAAAUAAUGAUUGUCAGGGUAAAUCUGCUUAGAAAAGUUGUUAGAAAAUCUUCAAAAAUGGCUAUCACAAGUUUAUAUAUUUCAAUUUCUUCUUUUGUCUGACCAACAGUCCAAAACCUGAAGAUUUUCAAUGAAAGAAUAAAAAAACAGCACAUUUUCUCAUUUGGAAACUAACUAUGGGCUGCAGCCUACAGAGGUCUGAUAGUGCACUUUUUUCUAAUCCCUUUUCUUUUCAAACUUGUAGUCUUCAUACCAAACCAGUGCUGACUCGAGUAACAUGACCUAAGGACAUCUAUAAAACUUGCCACAGCUCCCUCUCGAGACCCUCGAGGCAACUUUACAACUUCUGUCACACACGUAGCGAAACAUAAUGAUGUGGAGUUCCUACUUAGCCAACCUUGCCCAGAAUGAUUAGGAUAAUCUUAAAGGUAUGCCCCAUGAUGUAUAGGAUCCCGUUAUACCCAAUAACUAAAACUGACCACCCCUGAACAGCUGUGAUGGCAACUUUGCUAAUUGACAAAAGUAGAAUUUGGUAGCUUCCAAAGAUAAUAUUUAAGUUAGUGGGUUUUGAAGCAUACAAGAAAAGCAAGAAGAAUGUCUCUAGUAGGUCUGUGAGGCAGCAACAUGCUAAUGUGCUCACAACCAUGAAGUUAAUGUAAUGUUUGCCAUGCUGACUAGCUUGGAUUAAUGUGUUAGUAUACUGACAUUUGUUGAUAAGAACAAUGAUUUACCAUGACACCAUUUAAUGGGGAUCCCUCAAAUAGUUGUUGGACAGACAUUGACAUCCAUAGAGCUAUUGCAUUGGAGCAGAAUAAAACCAGCAUGUUAUUUGUCUGUGAGUAAACCCUGUCGAUACCACACUUACAUUGUAAUUGAAGGAUCUUUUCAUCUCAGUGCCUACACAUCUUCUUUUACCACUGAAUUGUCAAAAGUACACACUGGGGCCAUCUACUAAAUUAUAGCUGCUCAAAGUUAAAUGAUCUGUAGUGUGUGUGUGUGUGUGUGUGUGUGUGUGCGCGUGUGCGCGUG